AUGGUCAACGACCCCACGUACACUCUCUACAACUAUGACCCGUCGGCAGUUGCGACGAUAAUCUUCGUCGCUCUCUUUGGAUUGACCACCUUGGUGCACAUUUUCCAAAUGAUCCGGAGCCGAUCAUGGUUCUUCAUUCCUUUCAUUAUUGGAGGACUCUUUGAAGCUGUCGGCUAUGUCGGUCGCUAUCUUAACUCGAAAGAAACCCCAAAUUGGACAACGGCUCCAUAUAUCAUGCAAUCAAUCUUGCUCCUUAUCGCACCAGCAUUCUUCGCUGCAUCCAUCUACAUGAUCCUAGGCCGCUCAAUUGUCUCCACCAGCCAUGAUUCGCUCUCUGUCAUCCCAGUCAAGUGGUUGACUAAAAUCUUUGUCUGCGGAGAUGUGGUCUCGUUCCUCGCCCAAUGCGCUGGCGGUGGCUUCCUUUCCUCCGCAAAGACUCAGUCCAAGAUUAUUCUCGGACAAAACAUCAUCAUCGCCGGUCUUUUCAUCCAGAUUGCUUUCUUCGGGUUUUUCGUUGUGACUGCUAGCGUCUUUCAUUACCGGCUCUGGAAGUGUCGUGAUUGCAUUUCCAUGUCUUCUAUCAGGGUGCCGUGGCAAAAGUGCUUCUUUGUCCUAUAUACGGCUAGUUUGUUCAUUAUGAUUCGGUCUAUCUUCCGUGCCAUUGAGUAUAUUACUGGUACAAAUGGUCCGCUCAUGUCAACGGAGGUGUACCUGUAUAUCUUUGAUGCUGCCUUGAUGUUCUUGACUAUGCUCACCUUCAAUAUCUUCUCCCCGAAGACAUUGGUGACUCCACAGCCGGCUACACGCGACGUUGAGAAUGGCUGCCAAUGGUGUAAAGCCCGCAAAAUAAAAUGCGAUGAGACCAGGCCACACUGUAACAACUGCUUCAAACACGGAGUACAAUGUCUCUUCGGUGAGGGCUCCUCCGCUGGCCCCAGACAAUCGGGGUCUCCAACUCCCGGCACUUCCAGCGCCCCAAGUCCCGUCUCGGGGGAGAACACCCCACCAAUGGGCAUGGCCGAGAUGGCUCUACUUCACCACUUCUCCACAUCAACCUGCUAUACGAUUUCACGCAACCCAAUUCUGCAAACAGUAUGGCAAAUCCGGAUUCCGCAAGUUAGCUUCACGUCGCCAUUCGUAUUCCGCACCAUUAUCGCUCUUUCCGCGCUGCAUCUGGCUCAUGUAAAACCCGAAUUCCACGACCAUUAUGUCUCCCAAGCCGAGCUUCACCAUAACACCGCCUUGCAGAUGGUAACUGCCAUCCUCCCAGACGUAAAUAAGGAGAACUGCCAAAGCAUAUAUCUCUUUUCGAUCCUGACCUGCAUUAUCUCCUGCACCAAGCCGCGCAGACACGAUUUCUGGGCAAAUAGUGAUCGAGAUAUCGAGUGGUUGACCCUCUUUCGUGGCACAAUACACAUCCUGGAAUCGGCAGAUGUCUCUAUCAAGACGGGCCUUCUAGCACCGAUGUUUGUUAUGGGUCAUCGCAAGAAGCUGGCUCGGGACGCGAGGUCUGCCACGGCCAUGCCGCCGUUCCUUCUCGUCUUGAAGCAGCUCUUGCAGGAUACAGUUCAGGAUCCCGGUGAGUUACAGUGCUAUCACGACUCAAUAGAUGACAUGGCAAUGUCAUUCGCUACAGUGGACGAAAUUGGGUCACAUAACUGCGAGACUGCUGAUAUAUUUAUUUGGUUAUUGAGAGUUUCGGAUCGGUAUUUCGGGUACUUCCAGCAGCGCACGCCUGAAGCGAUGGUGAUUUUUGCAUAUUUCUGUGUUGUUAUGAAAGAGAUGGAAUGGGCUUGGUGGGUGCAGGGGUUCAGCGUCCAUACUAUCAGUGGUAUAUAUUAUCUUUUGGAUGAGGAGCAUCGUUGCUGGUUGCAGUGGCCUAUGCAACAGGUGGGAUGGGUUCCGUGA